AUGGCCGACGAUUUUGCUACCGCAGAGCAUUUCAUCUACGUUACUCAAGUCUACUUCUGUGCCAUGUAUGCAGUCGUAGUUUGGGACUGGCUCAUUAGUCUUCCUCGCGAGGUCAACGUACCUGUUCUGCCGCUAUUGGGUUAUUUGUGUCGUCCCUUUCCUGUUGUGUCUGUAUCUUCCCUCCCUGCCACAUCCAAGCAUUUGAUGUCCUUCACUCCAGACUGCUUUGUUCUUGACCACAGCAGGGAGUUCUGCGAAAAGCUAUUCAGAGCUCCAGUUGCUAUCGCCCUGUGGAAUCAGGUCGGCGCAGAAGCGGUGCUGUUGAUCCGGACCUACGCUUUUUUCAAUCGAAACAUCUACAUUCUCUGGUUCCUCGUCUCGGCUCUCUCCGGGGUAGUGGCAUACCAACUUUAUGUCGCCUCUGAUCAGAUGCUUCUAUUGCCGUUCUUCAAACCCCCGUUUGAUCAGGGACCGUGCUUCCCAAUGUCGAAGCCACACUCAGCGCACCUCCUUGGUUUCUUUAUCGCACCGCUCGCAUUCGACACCAUUGUUACCGGCAUGACCGUCAUAAAAGCCUUCACUAUUCGCCGCCGCAAUGGUGGUCCAAACAGUAGACUUAUUCAGACUUUCCUUCGUGAAGGCGUAUUCUAUUACAUCCUCAUUUCAAUCGCCAACUUGAUCAACGGAAUUUUCUACAUGCAACCUCGUCAAGUUCUAAGUGCUCUCAACAUCCCGCUUUCUGUCCAGCUUUCUCCUUUAUUGGCUGCCAAACUUAUUCUUGACCUUCGUGAACGCGGCUCUGAGACCGUGUCACACUCUGAGGGAACCGGCAUCGCAGCCUUCACUACCAAAUCGGUGACCCAGCAAUCCCCCUUCACUCCUCCCCAUCAUCGCAACAAGAGCGCGCUGUAUAGUCGCAAUACUCGCCACACUGACUCCAACAUUGUGCUCAGUACCCUUGGUAGCGUGUUGCCUGAACACGACGCAGACAUAUCGGAUAUGGACAACCUCCAUCAAAUCGGCAUUAUGGACCUCGGCAGCCUCAGUACUGCUAUUGGUGGUGACGAUGGUGAACCAAUCGAAAAGGAUGAUGGCACCCCCGCUCCUGCAUACUCUCAUUCACUCGAAAUGGGCUUUCGCGCUGCCAGUAGAUCUCCAAGUCUCGACUCCGACAUCAGAGGAAUCCGCGUAACCGUCGAUGUUGAAAAGGCCACCUCGUCCAUAUAA